AUGACCUCAACGAAAUCUCUAAAGGUUGCUUUUGUUCACCCAGAUCUCGGCAUAGGUGGGGCGGAACGCCUUGUGGUGGACGCGGCUAAAGGCUUGAAAUCCAGAGGGCAUAAUGUUGUUGUUUACACGUCACAUCACGACACCGAACGCUGUUUUGCAGAAACAAAAGACGGUACACUUCAGGUCAGAGUACGUGGGAAUACCAUUAUUCCAAGAACAUUCAGUGGAUCCUUUUAUAUGGUGUGCGCCAUCCUACGACAAUUGCACUUGACUCUGUCGAUGAUUAUUGGCGAUAGGGAACGCUAUGAUGUGAUAUUCGUCGAUCAAUUAUCGGCCUGCAUUCCCCUGCUGAGGAUGACCGGCGCAAAGGUUUUGUUCUACUGUCAUUUUCCAGAUAAAUUGUUGACGCAACGAGAUACAACCUUGAAAAACCUAUACAGAAUUCCAAUCGAUUUCAUAGAGGGAUUGACAACCGGUAAGCACUUGACAUUUGGCGCGACGCAUCAAAAUCAAAAUCAUGUUUCACGUGACUAUGCUGUUGCUUUUUUAGGAAUGGCGGAUUGUGUGGUUGUAAAUAGUAAAUUUACCUCAAACGUAUUCUGUCAAUCCUUUAACAUCGGGAAUCCGCCGCAAGUCCUCUACCCCGGAAUUCACCUUGAAACAUAUGAUAGAAAGGUCGAUAAUAAUAAUGAAUCUGUUAAGGUCCUAGAGACUUCGAAAACGGUUAUCCUGUCGAUCAACCGAUUCGAAAGGAAAAAGAAUAUUGUUAUUGCCAUACGCGCAUUUGCAUGGUUGCGGGAUGACAAGAUGGUGGACCCGACCAGUUUUGAGAACAUGCGGUUAAUCAUUGCCGGUGGCUAUGACUACCGCGUUCAGGAAAACGUAGAACAUCACUCCGAGCUGAACAAGGUAGCCUUGCAAUGUGGACUUAAAACUUACACAAUCAUGCCUGAUUCAUCCAAGGCUCCACCUGAAACAACUCAGGUGGUCUUUUUGUGCUCUUUUAACGAGGCGCAAAGAACAUAUUUAUUGUCGAAGGCGCUCUGCCUUUUGUACACACCAGAAAAUGAACAUUUCGGAAUUACACCCAUCGAAGCUAUGUACUCUAGGCUGCCAGUAAUCUCAUGCAAUAGCGGUGGGCCAAAGGAAACCAUUCGUGAUGGUGAGACCGGUGUUCUCAGUCAGCCUAGACCGAUGGCGUUUGCCGAAGCAAUGGCCGCUUUUGUUAACGGCGAAUAUGACCGUAAGGCAAUGGGGGAGAGAGGAAGAGUACACGUACAAAAAUCCUUCUCUUUGGAAGUUUUUACUGCUUCCCUCGAGAACCUCCUAAUUAAGUUGACCACCGAACCAUCAAAAUCUAUAUGGAAUCCUUUGCUAUGGCUUUCCACAAUGAUAGCGCUGACCGUUUUUCUAUUUUCCAAAUAUUUUGGCUAA